UAGUCCUGAAGAUGGCAGCACUGUAACAGUUUGGAUGCUGGCUGACGAUAAACCUGAGAGAAGAAGAAGACAAUUUAACGCAGAUUUUCCACUUGCUCUUUCAUCUGAUGAAAAGAAUAUUAUGAAAGAUUAAGUUUGUUUCUCCAGCUCCAAACCUUCCUUAAGUAGUCCUGUGUGAAAGCAACGGAAUGGAAGAGGAAAUGCGAAUGGAUGAGAAUGAACAGGGAGAGGUUGGAAGCAAUGAGGAAGAAUCCGGUGCAGAAAUGUCUGACAGCAAACCUGUGCCAACUAAACGAGGAAGGGGGAGGCCAAGAGGCUCCAGCAAGUUGAAGGGUUCUGUGAAAGAUGUAGACCUUACAGAGCUACAUUCAGAUGUUUACAGUGGUGCAGCUGCACAGCUGCCGAAGCAAAGAGGACGCCCAAAAAAACAUGCGUCUCAGCGCUCAACUGCACAGCUACACAGAGACCGAGGGAGGCCGAAAGGGUUGGGAUCCAAGGAAGAUUCUUGUAAUGAAGACCAUUCUCCUAAGAAAAGAGGGAGACCCAAGGGGUCUUUGAACAAAAGUACACUUGAGAAGGCUGCUGCCAGUCGGAAUGAUUUGGGAGAAAAUGUACCAAAUGAUUCCAGUUUGCCUAAAAACCCAAGGGGUCGUCCAAAAGGAUCCUCCAUGAAACGCAAGGCAGAAAGUGUUGAAAAUGAUAGUGGUUCUGCAAUACCUCGGAAAAGGGGAAGACCAAAGGGCUCUCCCAAUAAGAAACCGAUGCUGCAGAGAUCAGUGAGCAGUGAGGAGGAGUCAGGUGCUUAUGCAUCUGAUGGAAACAUGAAUUCACAGAAAAGGGGUCAAGGUAGGCCCAGGAAGGGGGACAACACAGUGCUGUCAGUGCCAGAUGUGUCCCAAGGAAUCUCAAAGAGAGGGAGGGGAAGGCCCAGACUGAGUGGAAAGGGGAGCAGAGAUCAACAAAUGGUGACAGAUGGUUCACAAGUUAUUAAGUAGAUAAAGUUUUAAACGUUUGUUCAGUCUCUUAUUUGAGUAAAUGGCAUAAGACCUUUUACUUAAACUGGUAUGGAGAAUUUAUUGUAGAAUUUUUCUGUAGUUGUAGUUUAGUUUUCAGUUGUAGUGUUUGUCCAUUUUAGUGUAACACACACAAUUUGGGUCCCUCAAUUUUUUUCAGGGAAUGACUCUGAGGAAAUAAUAAUAAUAAACGCCCCUGACAUCAAGUGAACGUGAGGCAUUACCGUAAAGCGCUUUGAGCAUCUGAUGCAGAUGGAAAAGCGUUACAUAAAUGCAGUCCAUUUGCCAUUAAAAAAAAAAAAAAAAAAAAAAAAAAUUCUGACAUUUGAAACGGAACUUGAAUAUGUGUGAAGAGGGUUGGGAUAAUGUCUAAAUUAUGUCAGUGAUAUUUUUGUAUGUAAUUUCUUGAUGCCAUUACAUGGUUGUUUUCUAUUAUUGCCCCCCCCCCCCCCCCAUUGCCAAAGGUUUGAAUGUGCCAUCGUUUUUUUGCAGUGAGGUGUCCUGCAUAGAUUGGCUUCUUAACAUUUUGUCACGUGAUCACCGUGU